UGUUUAAUGGAAAUUAUGUGGAAAUGUAAUGGAAAUUGUGACCUGCAACUCAAGGCACUCUGGCAAUUAGUCAAUUUUGCAUAUCACCUUAACCCUAGUCUUCUUGUCAUCAUGGUCUGUUGCAACCAUUGGAGUCUGCAACAAGUAUUAGUACCAAAAUAUUAGGGACUGUUUAUUUGGGCAGGUACCUGAUAUAGGCCUCUUGUAGCCUAUGACAGAGCACUUGGGUAGGAAGGCAGGUAGGCUAAGGCAUAUAAUCAGUUCAUUACCCAUAUGAUGUUAAUAACACAGAUGUCCCCUCUUUAUUGAUGUGACCAAAGGCUAUGACAAAAAUACAUGGUUUGGGGAGAAGUACCGUCCCCCAAAAUGAGUUUGCUAGAAGAAAAACGUCUCCGGCGUUGAAAAGAGGUCUCUCCACUCUCCCCUUCGACAGAAACAUGUUGCGAAAGGGAAAAGAACAGUAAGUCUCUCCCACUGGCAGGGAGUCUUAAGGGCUUGUGAUUAAUUACUCUGGAGUGAAAAAGUUGUCAGCUCUUUGUGUAUGCAAUAAAUUAGAGGCUCCUCAGGUGAGCGCUACGUACGUGGACAUCCCCACUGCGCACCUUCUUCCACGACCGCGCCUCUUUAUAAAGAUUAUCCGGACUUGGAGCGGCACGACAACUUUUCUCCAUCUCGUAUUGGAGCAGCAGUGGAGUCUGUGGUGCACUAUAGAUUCUCUUCGCAUUGCCUUUAUGUCGUUACUCAAGACAAAGCUUUUGGGUAAAUUUGAAGGUUAAUAAGUGCUCCCUAUGGUUGGAAGACAGACGAUCCGCAUGGAUAGUGGAAAUGGCCCAGUGACAGUUAUGGAUGAGAGUCCCACAUCUAGCCCCAGCCCCAGUCCUGACAUGCUGACCACCGACAGUCGGCGUCCAGAGGCCCUGCAGCUCUCCAGGGUGGUCCAGGCCGGUGGGCUCUGUGGCAGAGGACGGCCGGCAGCAACCAACGCAGCGCGGGAGAGGAGUCGAGUGCAGACCCUGAGAAGCGCGUUCCUUGAGUUACAGAGGACUCUGCCGUCGGUGCCACCCGACACCAAACUGUCCAAGCUCGACGUGUUGAUUUUGGCCACCACGUACAUUGCCCAUCUGACUCAGACCUUGCAAGAGGAAGGGAUGGAUGAGGGAGAUAGCACUAGACAAACAGAGGCCUUACGCUCGCUAAAAGGUGAUGGUUACCUGCACCCUGUGAAAAAGUGGCCGAUGCGAUCCAGGUUAUACGUCGGAGCCAGCGGUCAGUUUCUGAACAAUUCAAAACAGACAGAAAAUCGAGGUGAAUCAUCGUCAACCUCAAGGACAUAAAUCUUUCCAUUGCAUAAGGAACUUCUCAUUCAGACGACCAUUAAUUAUGAAGACUCUUUCAGCAGAAUCCACCCAUGAGGACUUUUGAAAUGAAUAGCAGACCGUGGUUCGUCGCCUGACAUUAUACUUUUUAUUCAUCAAACAAUUGAAGUAUCUGCUUUUGACGUGUCAUAUCAUGUAAAGGGGGCAGUCACGAGACAGUCAACUCUUUCAAUUGUAGGAAACACAUUGUAAAUUAAUAUAUUAUGGGAUUUAUGGAUAUAACAUUUGAGAAAGCCUAAAUAGUGUUUCUCUGUUGUUAUUUUGGCCUUGCUCUGCUCUGUUUUCUGCAGUUAUGUACUUGUUGGAGGUAUUACCGUGUAUACUUUUAUUUUAAAUUCCAUGGGUAAUGAUCUUUCGGGCUUGACUUGUUGGCUAUGCACUUUCAGUUAAAACAUUUGCACUAAAUGCAUGUGUGAAUAACUUAACAUCUGUCAUGUGAAGUGGUCUGUCAGAAUCUCAACAAUGGUAGGAGCCUCUUCAUCUCCCCUUCUUUCUUACGGGAAUGGUUGUAAAUGUGUUUGUUGAGAAUGGCUUGAGAAAUAAAAAGAAUGACAUGUCUCCCACUCCGUAGGUUGUAAAUACGUUUACUGAGAUGUAUUAGUUGUAAGUGAA